AACAUGGCCUUGUCACCAACCCCAGCAGGUGCUCCAUGCCAGUCCUCCUGUCCCUGCCAUGUCCCCGGGGCAGGAGCCAGUGCCCACAACAUGACCUGGGCUUUGCUCUGCACACAGGUUUGCAGUGCAGACCCUGAGGGCCCUGCUCUGCCUGGAGUAUGAGGAUAUGGUGACAGCAAUGGAUCGCAAGCGUGGCUGGGAUGCGCUGCUCUGUGCUGACACCCAGCACGAUGCAGUGGCUCUGCUGGCCAGGGAGGUGUCCUGUGUCUCCAUACCCUUGUGUUCUGGGAUCGCGCUCCACCUGCUCGGGCUGCUCAGCGCAGAAGAGCCACGCUGGGAUCUGCCUGCCCUGGCGUUCCUUGUGGAGGUCCUCGAGUGCCUGGACUUGAGGGAAUGUGGUGACAGUGUUGUGGAGAUCUCAUCAAAAUACCUGCAGAGUGAGCGCAGACAGAUGCGUCACCUGGCACUCAGGGCCCUCCUCGUGCUCAGGGACGAUCCCUCAGUGGCCGAAAGAACGUGGAGCCUGACUGAAAGCCUUGUGAAGCUCCUGUGGGACACAGAUGGAGAGAUAGUUGGGAUGACACUCGUUGUACUAGGCUUUUUAUUCUUGGACAAAGACAUCCUGGUAUCAAGCCCCAUCGCCCUGCAGCUGGCUGAGGCGCUCCUGCCACUCUUUGACAACGAUGAUAACCAGGUUCAGCGGCUCUCCAUGAUUCUCUUCCGAGAAAUGAUGGAUUUUUUAGCGGAAGAGGGAGAAAAGCUUGUGCAAUGGAGCCUGCUCCCACUCUUCUUCCGCUGCCAUGAUGAGAACCGGCAUGUGGCAUGGGCCUCUUGGGUAACGCUGCUUCGUGCGACUGAGUUCCUGAAGAGGAGAGAUCUCACAAAGCGCGUGGAGAAACAGAAACUGUGGAUGUUCGCCAAGUGCCUGCUGGCAGUGGACAGGAGCCGAGUGACCGAGUACGUGCGCCGGGCCCUGCCGUACCUGUACAGCCCACAGGAGUCCCUGCGAGAGGCGGCCGUCGGGUUCAUCGUGAUCGCCGGGCAGAGCUUGACAAGACAGCAGGGAGCGUUCGGGCUCAUCUGUCAAGCCCUUGAAGAUACGGCAGAGGACAUCAGCCUCGCCAUUGGAAGCCUGGCACAAGAAACGUCGCAGUUCCUCAGGGCGCUAGAGAGGGCUCCAGUCUCCAUCUCUCGGAAGCUGCGAAAUCAGCUCCGCAGCGCAUGGAAGGCACGGCCUCGUCUCUGGGGCCGUGGCUGGCUGUUCUGUUGGAGCCCUGCAGAGAGCUGAGCUGUCUGCUCUUCUCUUCUGGGGCCACCUGAGCCAGCGGGGAUUCUUCUGUUCUUCAGGA